CCCGCGGACCCGCCCCUUCUCUCUGGCUUCCCGGCUCACCACGCGCAGCCUCCACCUCCGCCUGCCCGAUCCUAGGGAGGGCCUCCCUGCCCCGGGGGGCCUCAGAUACCCACGGAGUCACUCCAGCUCUGGCAGCUCUGGGACAAACGCGGACUCCUCCUCUGGUAGCUGCCCACGGAGACCAUGAACGAGGUGAAAGAGUCCCUUCGCAACAUCGAGCAGAAGUACAAGCUGUUCCAGCAGCAGCAGUUCACGUUCAUCGCUGCGCUGGAGCACUGCAGGGAGAACGCCCACGACAAGAUCCGGCCCAUUGCCAGCAUUGGACAGGUGCAGAGCUACACAGAACACUACUGCAACAACUCCACGGACCGGCGGGUCCUGCUCCUGUUCCUGGACAUCUGCGCGGAGCUGAACAAGCUCUGUCUGCGCUUCGAGACGCUGCACUCUGGCACCCCGGUCACCAACAGCCUCCUGGAGAAGUGCAAAGCCCUUGUUAGCCAAAGCAACGACUUAAGCAGCCUCAGAGCAAAAUACCCUCACGAUGUGGUGAACCAUCUCAGCUGUGACGAGGCCCGGAACCACUACGGGGGUGUGGUCAGCCUCAUCCCCAUCGUGCUGGACUUGAUGAAAGAGUGGAUUGCCCACUCAGAGAAGCUGCCCCGCAAGGUGCUACAGCACGUGAGUGAGCCCCAGGUGGGCCAGGCGGUCACCGGAGCCUCUCUUCCUUCCCAGCGUUGGCAAAGGCCACACAAGUGUAGGCGGCUCACCAAAGACAGCCUCAGACCUAGGGGGAAAGACAAAGGACACUCAAAACCUCCCUGGAGACCACCUGGUGGGAAGCUCUAACCAGCCAGGGCCUGCUCCAUCAGCGGGGGCGCUUGUUAUUUAACUCGUCUGCCCAUGUCGAGCCACUGUCACUGGCGCCCACAGUCCCUGCCACGUAGCCCCAGAGAGCAGCCAAUAUAUCAUUGAGAACCUCUCUCCCUCUCUUGCUGGAACUUCUCAUUUCCACUCUGAGCAUCGGGCUUUGUGCUGUUUGAAAGGAUCCCACUUAGACAAGCUGCCUGAACACUGUGGUAUUGGCGAGGGUGUCCCAGGAAGAGUGACAAAGAGAACGGGCACUGAGCUGCCCCUCGGGUCGUUCUUGGGCCACACCCACCCCAGUACUAGGCCUGCCCAGGCAGUGGCUCUGGCCUUGCAGUGAGCCAUCCAGCUAGCUCUUGCCCCACCAGCAGAUACCAUAGGCAAGGCACGCGCUUCCUCUGCGGGCCGGGACGUUCCCCCUCCAGAUGGAGUGGGGGUCAGUGGACCUCGGUGUUUUGUUCCUGGACCAGAACACACCUUUCCCUCUCCUUUCCUUGGGAGAUGGAAACUCUGACAGAAGCCAAAACAUUCUGAUUUUGCGGCCCCUGUGCAAGGGUGACAACCUGCUCUGUACAGCAGAGUCACGUCCAAAUGCUGUGAAAUGUGUCCCCCGCUUCUGAGCCUGUCGGAACGCAUGUCUGACUGCUGGUUUUUCCCUUCACAGGGGACGACUUAGCUUCUGUAUUGUUGCUUCUUCGGGGGGAGAGAGUCAAGAAUAAAACGUGUUCUACCACCUC